UGGCAAUGUAAACUUUACAGUAUUAAGCCAUUUGUGCUUGGGUGUGAACGGUGCCACUGAAAAGUGCAGAGUAGGUAUUGCAUACGAGUUUUACAGCUGUAGUUAAUGCAGGAAACCACCGAAGAAACCUUCCCUCUGUUGCGAAAUACAGAACUACGGCUCGCUUUCUCAAGAGUCGGCUCUUCAUCGUCCUUCUGGCUACCGAGAUUUGGCAAAUUAAGUUCUGAGAUGCCACUUCGUAACGGUAGUUAGUGAGGGAACUGCACUCUGCACUUGCUUAGAAGCACUCGUCAGCUUGCAAGUCGCGGCUGCUAACGCCCGGUCCUUGAAGCCUGGCUUGAGCCUUCUUUGGGUGCCUUUACAAGGCUGGCGGGACAAAGCUGGAGUCCAGUGGGGCACCUUUAAGGCCAAGUGCUUUAUUCAAGGUGUGAGGUCUGGUGUGCAGGCACACUUCCUCAGGCCGUCCCUGGGAGGCCGGGGUGUGUGUGUGUGUGUGCGCAGGCCGGAAUUCCCUGCGGGAGACGGCCUGAGAAGUUCCGCCACCGCUCGACGCCUCCUUCUCUGGCUCCUCCUGUUGGAGGAGGAGGUUUUUGUGCCGGGCGUGGGGCAGCUCCGCCUCUUGAGCAGAGCUGAGGAGCGGCCGCUUCUUUCUUUCUUUUUUCCCUUUCGUUUUCCCGCAGAAUUUCCCGUUGUUGCCUCGGCUCCUCGGAGCCCUUGUUCGUCGGCUAUGGAGAACGGCAGCUCGGUCUACGAACCGACGACAAGCCCGGCCGAGCAGUCGCCCCACAAAGGACUCCGCUACUGUGGCUGCACCGCCGCCCACCUGGGCCCCGUCCGCCUCUUCCUCAAGGCUUUGCAACUGGGGCUGUCUUUCCUGGCCUUUGUGCUUGAAGAAAUCAUAGAUGUUUGCACCAGUUGUGGUGGGCUUUACUUCUUUGAAUUUGUCAGUUGCUGUGCCUUCCUCUUGUGUAUCCCGAUUCUUGCCAUGUACUGCACGUCACUCUACGAGAGAGUAGGGAAGGACCAAGUCAAGCAGUUGGAUUUCUGGAUUGUUGCAGUAAUGGGGUUCGUGUUCUUACUAGCUUCAAUUAUAUUUUCUGCAACCAAUGAUAGGACAUCAAUUGAAGUCGCUGCGAUUGUGUUUGGAUUCUUUGCCAGCAUAGCGUUUAUUGCGGAUUUUGUCAAGAUGUGCCUCCAGGGUCCUCAUGCUAGAAAAGAGACACAGCAAGAAAACACAAACAGGCCACUGAAUCCAGCAGAGAAUCAGCCACUGAAUAACCAGCCAGUCUAAGCUCUAACGUACGGUUUUAUUGUCCUGGUUUCUAAGUGAAGCUGAAAUAGUUCUGCCCUUUUAAGCUGUGUCCAGAUGGUUAAGAUUUCAUUUCAGUUUUGUAUCUCAUCAUCCUGGUCUUCAUGGAGUUUUCAUAUGCUUCCUAAAUGGAAGGCUGUUAAGGAGUACUGAAUGUUCGUAAUUGCACCCAUUCAACUUUGUCCUUGUACACCAUUAAUAAAUGUGGUGAGGUGGGGUGCAGUUUUUGAGAUGGGAUUAUGAAGGAGCUAGGCUUUGUUUCUUCUAAAAAUGUAGAGAAUAGGUGCACUAAAAAGGUAAGUGGGUGCAAUGCCAGAAUAAAAUGUAUUUAACAACAAAAAUUACAGUAAUGAAGAAGGGCUGGGAUAGUGACUGAAACAGAGGUUCAUUAUGUUGGAUCUCUAGGCAAACUGUAGGAAAGUUUAAAUAUCUUUUUUUUUACACUUCCAUACAGGAAAAACUAGGAAGUAGAGUGGCAAUACCAGAGAUAGAUUUUGUGUACCACAACACAAUCCAAAUCUAGGCUGUCUUUCCCACUUGUACCAUCAGCCAUUUCCCUUUAUCACAAACAUUCCCUCCAAAUUUUUAUUGACAUUUUGAGCAAUAAGAAUUUUAUAAUAUUUGUCUGGAUAGAACUGGCUCAUGAAAUCAGUGGUUUAUGGAAUCUUGCCUUUUUAUAAAAUAACCAAUUAUGUACAGUUUACCAUUGCAUACAUGCUUUUUGUUUAAAAAUUAAAUUCAAAUGAAAUAAAAUUAAGUAAUUUUCUGUUUAAAA